AUGCGGCGGCUUCACAAUGGAACUCAGCAUAGUACGGUCGAGCAGCCCUGUGAGCGUAUUGGUCGGCCGGUCAUCCUACAGGGGCUUCACGCCGAAGGUAGGCAACUAGGGAAUCUGCUAUCGGCUGGUUAUGAAAAUAGAUUCACUUCUUUGGCCAAGAAACAACAGCGGUCAGCCACGUCGAUCUCUAAGCUGCCAAUUAGUCAUAGCGCCUUGUUGAAUCGUGACAAGCCGCUGGGCGCUCAAGGUCGCAAUGCGGCCGCAACUAAUGUGGUGGGUUUGAGACGGGUAUGGACUAGGCUCGUCAGAUUGAAGCGCAAAGAAAUUAAAUAAUGUAAUGUUGGUGGCCGCUGUAGUGUGAAUGCUAUGGAUGCGUUUCGGACUCAGCAGGUUCCAGCUGAUAGCACGCCCCUGUCACUUGAUCCGGUAGCUCCCGCACCACGGGGUUCUAGGGGUGUCGACGUCAACGAGGGGUUGCUCUGCGAGGAUGACGCGUCGCGGAGAGGGGGUGGGGGCGGUAGACAACGGGACGAGGGUGAAGAGAAGGGGGUGGCGGAUGCCGUGAAUUUAUGUGCUGCGCGGCGUCGUUGCCUGUCGUUCACAAUGGGAGCUGGGCCCGCCGCAGGUUUUGGUUGCAGUUCCGUAACCUUGGAAGUGUAUGGAGAAGUUGCCGACGAGCAGCGCCGCCAGCAGGUGAUGGUGCGCAGCCGCCGGCCGGCGCGCGAGGGAAGAUCCGCCCCUGGGCAAGCGGGCAAAGCGCCGCCGUGGCCGCCCCAAGUGCGACGAGUGCGAGGCCCAAGCCGAGCGACGGACGGCGCCAUGGCGAGCGCGUCGGAGCUGCUGCUGUUCCUGAACGCGUCGUGCGCGCCCUGCGCCGACCUGGGGCCGCCGCCCGACGCCAUCCUGCACAUCC